UGCUGCCGAAGCGCAGCUCCUCGAGUUCAGCUCUGAUUGGUCCGCGGGCCUGCCGACGACGCUGACGCGGGGCGGGCUCUCCGUUCGGGCGCGCGGCGUGUAGCCUUCCAAGGCUUCUUCCGUGGGUUGGCAGCGGAUGGGACGCCCCUCGGCUGGUCCUUGGCCCGCUAUCCUGCGGCUCCGGUGGGCGCCGGCCGGCCGCCGGGGAUCUGGGCCGGUCGUGGGGGCACUUCCUCGAAAGCGUGGGUUUUCAUGCCCCGGGCGCGCGGCCGCAGCGGGCUGUCACCUAGAUUCUUGAAGAUGGCACUUGACGGUCUGCUUCACUAUUGAAUGUACUGGAACAGAGCAAGUGCUUGGUAAUCCUGGAGGCCCAAGCGAUCCUCAGACCGGCAGAAUGAAGGACUGGCACAGGAUUUUUGAGCAAAAUAUGCUGGUCCCUCUCCACCCACAGAGAGCACGCCAACCUUUAAAGGAAUCGACAGCAUUUCAGUGUGUCCUGAAGUGGCUUGAUGGGCCACUAAUUAAGCAGGGAGUGCUGGACGUGCUGUUGGACGCAGGCUGCCACCUGCGAGUGUCUCUCUUUGAUGUCUCCUACCGCCACUUCUUUGGGAGGACGUGGAGGAGCACGGUGAGGCCAGCGGAGCAGCUCUCCCAGCAGCCGCCCCGGGUCAUCUUCAAUGAGUCCUUGUAUUUUCACACGUCCUUAAACCACCCUAACAUCGUGGCUGUCGUAGAAGUUGUCAUCGAGGGCAGAAAGCGGGAUGGGACCCUCCAAACUUUGUCUUGUGGGUUUGGAAUUCUUCGGAUCUUCAGCAACAACCCGGAAUCUCCUACCUCGGCCUCCCAGGACAAACGGUUGAGACUGUAUCAUGGCACCCCCAGAGCUCUGCUGCACCCACUUCUCCAGGAUCCCAUAGAACAAAACAAGCACAUGACCCUCAUGGAGAACUGCAGCCUGCAGUAUACCCUGAAGCCGCACCCGCUCCUGGAGCCUGCCUUCCACCUUCUUCCCGAGAACCUUCUGGUGUCUGGUCUGCAGCAGAUACCUGGCCUCCUGGAAGCUCACGGAGAAAAUGGAGAUGCCCUCCGCAAGCCUCGCCUCCAGAAGUCUGUCACAUGGCACUUGGAUGACGUGUUCUUCACGCUGUACCCUUCCCUUGAGAGAUUUGAGCAGGAGCUUCUGGAGCUGCUCAUCAGCGAUCACUUCCGGGAGGGGGACGGCCUGCCGGACGACAGUGCCCUGGACAUCCUGGAGCGGCGCCUGUGUGUGGGUGUGCACAACGGUCUGGGCUUCGUGCAGAGGCCGCAGGUGGUGGUGCUCGUGCCUGAGAUGGCAGUGGCCUUGACGCGUUCUGCUAGCUUCAACAGGAAGGUUGGCUCCUCUUCGAAGGCCAGCCCUGGGAACCAGGCUCUGGUUCUGAGAAGCCACCUCCGACUGCCUGAGAUGGUCUGCCACCCCGCGUUCGCCGUCGUCUUCCAGCUGGAGUACGCGUUCAGCAGCCCGUCAGGAGUGGGCAGCAACGCGGCUUUGGUCACCUCUCCGUCCAGCGUGGCGUGUAUGCACACGGUCCGCUGGGCUGUUUGGAACCCCUCGCUGGAAGCCAGCUCUGGGAGGGUGACCUUACCUCUGCAGGGUGGGACCCGGCCCAACCCCUCCCGCUGUCUGGUCUACAGGGUGCCCCCAGCUGGCAUGAGCUCUGAAGAGGUGAAGCAGGUGGAGUCGGGGACAGUCCAGUUCCAGUACUCGCUGAGCUCUGAAGGACACCUGGACACACCCACAGGGGGUGUCAGCAGCCCCAAGGCACUUCGGCCCUCUGGGAAGCCAUCCACAUCCCCUUCAAGCCCGCCAGCGUCAUCCCGCCAGGGGCGUGCCGUCCUCCAGGACUCGCCUGUGGGACCAGGGCUGUCACUUUCCCAGCUGGCGGCCUCCCCUCGGUCCCCAGCUCGGCGCCACUCCAGGUGCCCCUCCCAGCAGCCUCUCGGCUCUGAGCCCGCCCCGGCCCAGGCGGGGUUCCCUGUGGAGGGCAGGCUGUCUCAUCUGGAAGUCGACCUGAGCCACAUGCCCUUGGUCCCGGGAACGUGUGUGGUCGAGCAGUUGCAGGAGCUGCCAUUCACACCUAUGCAUGCCCCGAUCAUCGCGGGAACCCAGACCAGGAGCUCUGGAAGGAAGCCCUCACGAGCCUCAAUGGUGCUCCUGCAGUCCUCCGGCUUUCCUGAGAUUCUGGAUGCCAAUAAGCAACCAGCCGAGGCUGUGAAUCCUGCAGAUGGUGUGAAAUUCGACCCUCAAAAGGAAGAGUCAGAUCGUCUACAAAGCAACGAAAUCGUGCUGCAGUUUCUUGCCUUUAGCAGAGUGCCCCAGGACGGCCGGGCAGCGCCGUGGCCGCACACCGUGUACUUCACCUUCCAGUUCUACCGCUUCCCGCCCACGGUCACGCCGCGGCUGCAGCUGGUGGAGCUGGACGCGGCGGGGAAGGCCGGCUUGGGCGCCCUGUCGCGUCUCCUCGUGCCGAUUGACAAGGACGGCUCCUGUGAUGGCGGUUCUGCUGGCUUUCAACUGAAGUACCUGGUGGAUCCUGGAUUCCUGAAGCCCGGAGAGCAGCGCUGGUUCGCCCGCUACCUGGCAGCGCAGACCCUACAGAUCGACGUGUGGGAUGGGGACUCGCUGCUUCUCAUCGGGUCUGCAGCCGUCCCGAUGAAGUCAUCAGACUCUGUGAUAUUAAUAUCAUAUGCUGGGGCUGUUUUUAAUUUAGGUCACAUGUGUGAACAGAGAGGGGGAAAUUCCAGCUCGUUGCCGCCUUCCAGGUCACGGGUCAUCUCGAAUGAUGGAGACAGCCGCUUCGAGGGAGGCAGCCUGCUCACUCGAGGGGGCCCUAGAUCAGCAAAAAAUGUGGUCCAAGCGCAGAAGCUGGCAGAUGUGGAUAGCGAGCUGGCCGCCAUGCUGUUCACCCACACCCAUCUGGGGAGCAAGGGGCCCCCGGGUGCCGGCCGCGAGGUGGAUGCUGUCCGCAGGCGCAAGCUGGAGCGGAUGAGGUCCGUGCGUCUGCAGGAGGCCAGAGGGGAGCUCGGCUGCCGGAGGACUAGCGUGGUGGCCCAGCAGAGCAUCUGUGCACAGCACUCGAGGGGCCUGCAGGUCAUCGCCGCCUACCGGGAGCGCACGAAGGCCGAGAACAUCGCCAGGGUGCUGAGCCUGGCCAUCACCAAGGAGCACACGGUCUAUGCCACGCUGGGCACCGCCGAGUUCUUCGAGUUCGAGCUCAGGAACCCCCACAACACACAGCACACGGUGACCAUUGAGAUGGACAACCCCGAGCUCAGCAUCGUCGUGGACAGCCAGGAGUGGAGGUACUUCAAGGAGGCGGCCAACCUGCACACGCCGGUAGAGGAGGACAUGUUCCACCUGCAGGGCGGCCUCGCCCCUCGGCUCUUCCUGCGCCCCAGGGAGACUGCCCACAUCCCCUUCAAAUACCAGACCUUCUCUGCGGGUCAGGGCUCCGCUGAGCUGAGGUGUGAGAAGGGUGCAGACGCCGGGUCACCUGGGAAGCCCACUACAGUGCCCACUAAGCAUGCCAAGGUCUUGUUCCGCGGGAGUGGUGGCAAGCCCAUGGCCGUGCUCUGCCUGACGGUGGAACCCCAGCCCCACGUGGUGGACCAGGUCUUCCGCUUCUACCACCCAGAGCUCACCUUCCUGAAGAAGGCCAUCCGCCUGCCUCCCUGGCACACGCUUCCAGGUGUUCCCGUGGGCACGCCCGGCUCAGAGCCCCCGGUCCACGUCCGAUGCAGCGACCCAAAUGUCAUUUGUGAGACCCACAGUGUGGGCCCCGGGGAGCCGCGGGACGUGUUCCUGAAGGUGGCUAGUGGUCCCAGCCCAGAGAUCAAAGACUUCUUCAUCACCAUUUACACGGACCGCUGGCUGGCGACACCCCUCCAGAUAUGGCAGGUCCACCUGCACUCCCUGCAGCGUGUGGAUGUCGCCUGUGUCACAGGCCAGUGGACCCGCCUGUCCCUCGUCCUCCGGGGGACACAGGCGGUUAGGAAAGUGAGAGCAUUCACCUCGCACCCCCAGGAGCUGAUGACGGACCCCAAGGGCGUCUUUGUGCUGCCCCCCCACGGGGUGCAGGACCUGCACGUGGGCGUGCGCCCGCUCAGGGCGGGCAGCCGGUUCCUCCACCUCAACCUGGUCGACGUGGACUUCCACCAGCUGGUGGCCUCGUGGCUCGUGUGCCUUUCCUGCCGCCUGCCUCUCAUUUCCAAGGCCUUUGAGAUCAAGCUGGCCGCCGGGGAAGGUCAGGGCGCCAACAAGCGGAUCACCUACACCAACCCCUACCCCACCCGGAGGACUUUCCACCUGCACAGUGACCACCCCGACCUGCUGCAGUUCAAGGAGGACUCCUUCCAGGUUGAGGGGGGAGAGACCUACACUAUUGGCCUGCGGUUUGCACCAUGUCAGAGAGCUGGGGUGAAGGAGAUUCUGAUCUACAUCAACGACCACGAAGACAAAAAUGAAGAAACGUUUUGCGUGAAGGUCACCUACCAGUGACGGCACAGCCUCCGGGGGCCAGCCGGGCCUCUGCAUCUGCCUGGGGACGGCUCGCGGCUUGGAGCUCAUGUGCUCAAGCUGUAGACCCUCGUCCCUCAGAUGCCCGCCUGGGUGACCCGUGGACUUGGCCGAGGGGGGAGGGGCUCACCGCACCUCAGUCCCGCAUCCAUGCUGGACCCCACGUAGCGGGAACAGGUGCCUGGCGUACAGGAGCCCGUUUCUCUCUGCUGCACAAAAGGGACUCACUGUCUAUGACAUUUUGAUUUGCUUUUAGCAAAAUAUAUUUUAUGAAUCAUCUUAAAUGAUAAAAUUAUAUCACUGGAUUUUUACAAAAUAUUAUUUGCUAUGCAACAUUUUAUACUAUACUUCAUAUAUUUUUUAAAAAUUAUAUAUGGA